AGUCGGUCGAAUAAAACAUUCACAAAACCAAUUGACGAAAGAAGAGCGAGAAGAAGAGAGAGAAAGAGGAGAGAGAUAGAGAGAGAGAGAGGAGAAGAAGAGGAAGAAGCAAAAGAAGAGGAGAGAGAGACGAGCGUCCAUGAAUAUAGGAGGACAUGAGGAGUCCCCAAAUCAAACGAAUUGCAUUUGCAAAGAAGAUGGCAUUGGCAAAGCGAUUUGGGCACAGAUCUCAGCAGCUCAGCUUUGGGUUUUGGGGAGUUAGACAGAGGUUUGGUCUUCUCUUUCUCUUCUUAAUUUCAGCUUUAUUGGUUGCUGCCUUCUUGACUGGAAAGAGCAGGGGACCAAAGGAAGAUGUGAAUUUCGGGGUAAAUUCCGAUUCUGAUAAGGCGACGGUGAAAGAGAAGCGUCCGGGAGAUCAGAACCAUGGACAGUGUGAUGUGUUUUCAGGGAGAUGGGUUUUUGACAACAUCUCGUACCCGAUUUACUCGGAGCGAAAUUGCUCGUUUAUGUCUGAUCAAUUGGCCUGUGCGAAGUGGGGGAGGAGUGAUUUGAAGUAUCAGAAUUGGAGAUGGCAGCCUCAUCGUUGCAGCCUGCCAAGGUUCAAUGCGACAGCCAUGUUGGAGAGAUUGAGAGGGAAGAGGAUGGUUUUUGUUGGAGAUUCAUUGAACAGGGGGCAAUGGGUGUCCAUGGUGUGUCUUCUAGACUCUGGCAUUGAACCCAACCACAAAUCCAUGCACUCUAAUGGCUCUCUCAUGGUCUUCACAGCCAAGGAGUACAAUGCGACAGUGGAAUUUUACUGGGCUCCUCUGUUGGUGGAAUCGAAUUCAGACGAUCCGGUGAACCACCGGCUUCCGGACAGAAUAGUGAGGGUGGAAUCAAUGGAGAAGCACGCUCAGCAUUGGAGCGGAGCCGAAUUCCUCAUCUUCAAUUCAUAUUUGUGGUGGAGAAGACCCAAAAUGAAGGUUUUGUGGGGUUCUUUUGGAAGCAGCGAUGCGGUGUACGAAGAAAUAGAGAUGAUUCGUGUGUUCAGGAUGACUUUGGAAACAUGGGCAAAGUGGGUAGUAAGUCACGAAGACCCUCUCAAGACUAAGUUUUUCUUCGUUGGCGUAUCACCUACGCACUUCUCGAGUGAUGAAUGGGGCGAGAAGCAGGGCGGCAACUGUUACAACGAGACGGAGCCGAUCAGAGACGAGCGAUAUUGGGGUGAAGGAUCAGACAAGAGGAUGAUAGAUGCGAUGGACCAAGUAAUUGCAGGGAUGAGAGAGAAAGGAGUGAGUGUGAGCUUUCUCAAUAUCACACAGCUUUCGGAGUACCGGAAAGAUGGCCACCCCUCAAUAUACAGGAAGCAAUGGGAACCUCUCAAGCCCGAGCAGCUCGCCGAUCCUGCUUCGUAUGCUGACUGCAUCCACUGGUGCCUGCCGGGAGUGCCGGAUACUUGGAAUGAGCUCCUCUAUGCCUCCCUCUUCUCUCAUCAAUAACCCUCUCUCUCAAAAAACAAAGAACAGAGUGCCUCUUCUUUCUCCUUUCCCCAAAACUCCUGAUCCUCUCUCAACAAGAAAAAAAAAAAAGAAUGAGGAAAGGAAAUGAGGAGGAGGGAAUGUUUUUUGUGAUUUUCCGGAUGUUUGAGCAUUUUUUUUCUUAAAUAUAGAAAUGAGCCAUUCUUUUCCGAGAAUAUUAAAAUUCCCAAGGGAUAGGUUUUUCACCCGUUUUU